AUGUCGGCCGCCGCAACGGGUAAGGUUCAGAAUAUCAUUAAUGAGAAUGGAGUUGUCGUCUUCUCCAAGUCCUACUGCCCCUACUGCCGCGCGAGUAAGGAUCUGCUGAAUCAAUUGGGUGCCAAGUAUUACGCCCUCGAAUUAGAUCAGAUUGAAGACGGCAGUGAUAUUCAGUCUGCCCUCGCGAGCCUCACUUCUCAGCGGACCGUGCCUAAUAUUUUCAUCAACAAAGUUCAUAUUGGUGGGAACUCGGAUUUGCAGGCUAAGAAAUCGCAGUUGCGGGGUUUGUUGGAGGAGGCUGGUGCUGUUUAG